CAUAGUGAACGCCUUGUAUGCGGCUUUCGAGUGAGACAGAGCUGAACGGAAGGCUGCAGAGAAAAACGGAACGGUUACAAAUCCCGUGAUCUAGCCGCUGUAUUCUCAUUUUGUACCGACUGUUGGUGUGUGUGGAGACCGGAGUGAUGGCUAACCGCUCUCUGUGGUCACUGUGCCUGCUGCUGGCGCUGCUGCUGCCGCUGGAAGUCCUGUCUCAGGACUUGAACCUGGCUGAUGCCCUGGAUGAUGACAGUAAACCAACGACUCCUUCCCCAAAGCCACCAAAACCAGCAGCACCAGGCGGGGGAACAGGAGGAGACUUUAAUCUAGAGGAUUUACUCAAUACCGAUGGCACCACCACCACUACCACCAAAGUCCCACCCAAGGUUGUGCCCAAAGUCCCCGCAGGUACCAAGGCCCCAGUCAAGCCCAAUCCCAAGCCAGCUGCCGAUGACUUUGACCUGGCUGAUGCCUUGGACCCCAACAAUGACAUUGGUGGCAAGGAUAAGAACAAGGGGCAGGGAGGUGGAUUUAGUAAUGAUGAUCUGUUUGGUGUUGCUAAAGAUGAUAACUACAAACCUGACAAAGGCAAAGGUGACCGUCCAAGUGGUGGUGAUCAAAAUUACCAUGAUGAUACCAAUGAGCCGGCUGCAGAAGUGGGCACCAUUGCCGGGAUUGCUAGUGCAGUUGCUAUGGCGCUGGUGGGUGCAAUCAGCAGCUACAUCUCCUACCAGAAGAAGAAGCUGUGCUUCGGUAUACAACAGAGCCUGAAUGCUGACAUGGUGAAGGCUGAGAACCCCGAGGCUGUGGUGGCUACAGAACCACAAGUCCAACAGACUCUUCUGGAGCCACCCAAUGCUGAACCUCCCUCUGCAGAGAAUACUGUGUAACACACACACUCAGACAUGCGCUCUUUCCCAACCCCCCCCCCCCCCCCCCCCCCCCCCCCCUACCCCACCCCCCC